AGUUUAAUAAAAAGUUUUUACUGAACUGGUGGAUAACGAAAAAUUGAAAGUGAAGGUUUAUUUUAAAUAUGCAUUGUGCCGAAAUCGCCACAGGUUCUACGAUUAAAAGAUACUAUAAAGACUCGGAAUAUGGUCGACCAUUUGAUGCGUAUCUAAGUACCUUAUACAUUGAUGGCUUCCUCUGUGAUGUCGAACUGAAGGUUGGUUUUACUGUUGUCCCGGCUCACCGCAUUAUUUUGGCGUCUGCAAGCGAUUAUUUCAAAAGCCAAUUUGAAAAGGAAACCAUUGACUCUUUGGAUUUAACACCACUUAUUGAAGAUUCGAACAUAUUGUGCCUGAUUCUCAGGUAUAUAUACAAGGGCGAGGUAACUUUGUCAUAUAAGAUUGUUUACCAGCUGCUAAAAGUUCUUGAUCAGAUCGAUCUAAAUCCUUUGAAAGUUCAUUGUGCUCAAUUUCUGAUGGCGGGGCUCCGACCAGUUAAUGGAUUUCAAAUCUGGGAACUGGCUUGGCGUCACAACUUACAUCAACUUGCGACUGUAUGCUUAAUUUUUUGUUGUGAAACGCUCUGUAAUAUGGUUUUACAGAAUGGCAGCAUAAAAGAAUUAUCUGCAGAAUUUUUAAAGUUUGUUCUCGAAAAGGAAGAGAUAACGAUUAAUCUUAUCACGGUACAUGUAGUAAAACUUAUCAUUCUAUGGCUUUCUUACAACCCAUUUGAACGCCUUUUAGAAGCAAAACAUUUACUAGAAACAUUUUUACAAGAAACCCCACUUCUUCGACGAGAAUAUGAGAACGUUAUUUUAUUUGUGAAUUCGUAUGAAAAUUUAGAAAUUAUUACAGCAGACAUCAUCCCAUUAUUGCAGCAACAUAUAUUCAUAACCUCUGACAAUGGCCAAAAACAAAUUGUAGAUACCGAUUAUAGUUUUACUCAGUCUGAUAACAUAGACAAUGCUGCAUGUUGUGAGGGAAAUUUGCUUCAGGUUUCUGCUUGUGUUCAGAGAAUAUUUAGAAAUUGUAAUCCUCAACAUCGAGCCAGACUCGAGUCGAAGAUACACUUGAUCAAAUCAAAUAGUACAAGUAGGUGUCAAUGUCCCCAAACUCCUCUGUAUACAACUAUAGAUGGAAAUCGCCUUAAAGUUAAAUCUGAAAUUAUUCUACGCCAAUUAGCAGAUUCUUAUGAAAAUUUCGCUCCAAACUGGAGUUUUCUUGUACAAGAAUCUAAUCACCAUACAAUUUCACUAUACUGUUCUUAUAGCCAUACAUGGCACAAUACAUAUUUUCCUUUAUCUAUUCAUGAUCCCAUUGGUUUCGUUGGUAAUUUCCUUGCAUGUAAACGCGAAGGCAAUGUAAUAAUAUUAUAUAAUCUAGAAAUGUUUAGCUGGAUGGUUUUACCUGCACCUUGUCCGUUGACUGAUCGCAACACUGACGAUAUUCCAUGUUUGGGUAAUGUCCAACCUGCUUUUUUCACGUAUUCAGGGAUACUAUAUUCGGUGUGUGCUGUAACUAGUCGAAACCAUGACAAAUUAAGUUUUAUUUUGAAAAAAUGGGACACUACCGAAAGUGUUUGGAUAUAUAUAACUUCCGUGUAUCCAAACGAACCUGUUGGUGAUAUCAUAUCAGUAUCACUAAGUGUCAAAACCUCACCAGACUUGAAUGUUUUUCUUAUGGCGACGGUGACAGCACUGUACAAUAGAACGAAAAGAUCUGAUACGCCUAAGAGUGAAAGUGCUGCGGCUAAGAAUUCGUUUGGUUUCUCUACGAAACUUGACUUUGUAACUUGUGGUCGCAAUGAAACUGAAACAAAAGUUAUUAUGAAACCAAAUGAAAUAUUUUAUGUAUUUAAAAUUAAUAUGGAAACUUUGGUACAUGAAGAGGUUGGAGUGCGUUUUAGUGAGCCAACGUAUCUCGAUCAGGUUCCGAUAUUAAUUCUAGGAGAUCGUAUUCUUUUUAUUUUAGAUUCUAUUGCAAAGCUUCACGAGAACUUUCAAUAUUCUUACUACUUUCGUAAACCGUACUACAUAAAUGGAUUGGUGCUGGACUUAAAAGACAAAAAUGCUUGGAGUGGAGUGGCACUCGGCAUACCACUACCUCCGUUCUGUGAUUUACCAAUAAAGAAACUAGGCAAAGUGUGUUUUUCUACGACUAUUUCAUUUUCCAAGAAUUUCGUGUUGAUAGGCAUGCAUAGGGCUCCCCACAUCUUUCAGAUUGCUGUCUAUGAUGUCUUCCAUUUACAAGUAAAUAUUCUCAGUCCUAUACCACUUCCAGCAAUCAGAAAAUUGUUACUAUUUUCUAUCGAUAUCCAUCAGCCCUUAAAUAUGACACAAAAUAAUCUUGCCAAAGAAGUUGAUCUGUUGUCAUAUCACUUUAAAGACUGGCAAUUGAAAGACUGGUGUGGAUUUGUAGAAUGAUAUAAAAACGUCGCAGUUUACAACUGUUCUGACGAUUAGCAAAGAUCUUUU